UGGCAGGGAUCAGUCACGAUCUAGUUCCGGUCUGGAGUCUGGUCUGGAGGCGAGGGUAGGGGAUUUUGAUAGAAUACCGUAUUGGACUACCAGCCCCCCGAGCUGUGCCUUGUCUGGACUGCGGGAUGGCGGCUUCUGGUCCAGGGAGCCCAGUGUCCAGGGCCCUGGUCCCCAGCAAACUCGGGAGUGUCGCGUUAGCCGUUCCCAAGGGACCCAAUGGAGAGACAGAGGAAAAAAGGCCGAAAAAACAGGUGCUGUCGGAGGAGGCAUAUAUACAGAACUUGCAGAAAAUCAUUCAAAGAGAUUUCUUCCCAGAUGUGGAGAAACUUCGAGCUCAGAAGGAAUAUCUUGAAGCAGAGGAGUGUGGUGACCUAGAGAAGAUGAGGCAGAUAGCCAUCAAGUUGGGUACUUCAUCUUUCAAGUCUUCCCAAGAUACACCAUUGCCAUAUAUUACGCCAGCCACAUUUGAAACACCAUCUGGAGUCCCAGGUACACCGUCCUUAAUUGCUAAACGUGGAUUAGGAGAUGAAGUUAGUGAGAAAACAGAUGAAGAUGGAAAUGAGCUCCCUGGCCUAGACAACUUUCUGGCAAAACACACAAGUGAGGAUAAUGCUUCAUUUGAGCAGAUCAUGGAGGUGGCAAAGGAGAAGGAGCGAAGUCGAAAUGCAUGGCUUUAUGAAGCUGAGGAGGAAUACAAAAAGCGGCAACAAGAGAACUUGGCACUACCGUCCAUGGAGAAACAGGCCAUUGAGUGUGGAAAGGCUGGACUGGAUACUUGGGAAUACAAGACCCACAACUCUUUGAUGUAUUAUCCUGCAGGUGUUCCUGAUAAUGAUGCAAUAUUCAAAAAACCACGGGAAGUUCUACAUAGAAACACACGUUUCCAGAAAGACCCUUUCAGCCAAGCUCUUAGUAAAUCCCAGCUCCAGCAGGCAGCAGCUUUAAAUGCACAGUACAAGCAGGGGAAAGUUGGUCCUGAUGGGAAGGAGCUAAUACCUCAAGAAUCUCCUAAAGUUAAUGGAUUUGGAUUUGUUGCCACACCUUCCCCUGUUCCAGGAGUGAAUGACUCCCCUCUAAUGACAUGGGGAGAGGUUGAGAGUACUCCCUUCAGGCUUGAUGGGUCAGAAACCCCAUAUUUAGAGAAGACACCUGGUCCUUCAUUUAAGAUUCUUGAACCAGGACGAAGGGAACGUUUGGGACUUAAAAUGGCAACUGAGGCAGCAGCGAAGAACAGAGCAAAGAAGCAGGAAGCCUUACGGAAAGUGACAGAAAACCUGGCAAACCUGACACCCAAAGGACUCAACCCAUCAUUAUCACCUGCAUUGCAACGCUUAGUGAACAGGACUUCAAGUAUAUACACUGACAAGGCUCUGAGAGCCAGCUAUACACCGUCCCCUGCACACACAGGCACCCCAUCCUUUAAAACUCCUAGAGGUCUUGGCAACACACCAAACAUUACACCCACCACAAGAACAGAUUCCCAAACCCCAGUAGUUCCUGAUCCCACCUCCAUUACAGAUGAUUUGCUACAUCUUCCGAAACGACGGAAAGCAUCAGACUUCUUCUGAGAAAAAAAUUGUAAAUGGGGGGAAAAAAAUGUGCAGAAAUUGAGUGGAUCUUUCACAGAGAAUAAUCUAAAGAUAUAAUCAGAAGACUAGUACACAGACCAGCUAACAAAAUGUAACUAUACUCACUUUUAGCACUUGCUAAAAAAAAAAAAAAACAUGCAUGGAGCCAAUGCAAGUUCUCACUUGUUCUAUUCUUUUUGAAGAUUAAAAAGUGACCCACAAAACCAAAUGUUCGUUCAAUACUCCCCAUUCUGUAUCUUCAUAAUUCUAUGUUGUAAUCUAUUUACAUUGUACAUAUAUAUUUUUUAUAACCUAAAAUGCCUAAAUAAAAAGCUUGCUUUUAGUUUAUAUAUUUUUAUAGAAAUAUUUGGGGAAAGUAUAUCGUAGUAACCUUAACAAAUGUCUAGAAUACUUCACCAGUUUUAGAAUUUCAACAUAUUUUUAUAUUUGCUUAUCUACAUUUUAAUUAGCAAAACCAAGUGUACAUUUCUUGUAUUCUUCAACUUCAAAAUACAAAUCAUUUUGCCUUUCGGACACCACAAAAUAGGACUUGCUUGACUGCUUUUCUGUUUAUUUAGGAAGGCAAUUAAGAAGGAAAUGUUUAGAUUUACUCUUCAUAUUGGAUGUAUACAUUAUUUUUAGGAAUCUGGGAAAUCGAAAAGGCCAGGAAAAUAAAUUUAUAGGCAGCCUUGCCCCUCUCUGUGUACUAAUUUUAAAGCAUGUUUUGUACCCGACAUCAUAUAUCACUAUGUAAUGUUGAAAUAUUGCUGUGUGCAGUCAUUUACCUGCUUCAGUAAAUAGUGCUGGCUCUGCUGUUCGUGAGAAAAAAGUAGUAAUAAAUUGAAUUAGGGUGCUGGACAAAGCUAUGCAAACAUACUGUAUUCAGUUCUGUUUAAAUGGUUACUCUAACCAAAACAGUGUUUUAAGGAAACAUUAUUACUGUUUAACCCCUUAAGGACCAAACUUCUGGAAUAAAAGGGAAUCAUGACAUGUCACACGUCAUGUCUUUAAGGGGUUAAAGUAAUUCGUUCUAAACGGUCAUCCCCUACCCCCUCCUCCUUCAAAACCAAAACCAUAAAUAGCUAUAACAUACCUCUUUUCCAGUGCUGAGGACGAUUUCUUCCUGCAGCCCAACCUUCUGGUGCUGGUGUCUCUCCCAGUCACCAUGGGGGUGGCUGUCUAACACCAACAUAGAGUCCAGGCACCAUGACUACUUCAUAUCAGUUAAGUAAUCAUGGUGUUUGGAGUAACCCUUUAACACAUCUACAGACUGAUGGAACCAGGAACAAUAAUUUAGAUGUAGAUGAGCCCAUGAUUGUUAAGACCAGUACUGCACAAAUAGUAGUAAAAUGGAUACAGAGCAGCCCAUGGAUAUCACUACCAAGAAUAGGUACUAUACUUGGCUACAACACUACCUAUGACUACUAAUCAAGAUUGGUCUAUGAUGCAUUGUGUCUUGAGUCUUUAAUUGACUAUAUAUUUACUGUCUGCAUUUUGACUUCAUGUAGAUGUUUGAUCUACAAGAAUAUAUCUGGUUUUGUUGAUGGAAUUUACUAAAAAUGUGACUGUGAUAGAGAAUAUAAUGUUUGUGUGUGUGUAUAUAUGGAAGUAAACUAUUUUGCAACAGGAUAUCAGACUGUCUUAAGAAUGUGGAUAAGGACCAACAUUAAAAUUCUAAUUUUGUUC